AGGAGGCUCUCGCUGCUUCUCCUUCCAGGAAAGAGUGCCCCCAUAUAACUUGGAGCUCCCGACGAUCCUUAACUUGACCCCGACCCCCUGACGAAUUCUGACAACCCCAUACGCAAUUCCAACAACCAUCAUCCAACAUGGCGACAGAUAGCUUGGACUCGGAAGCAAGCAAUGCGCACAUGCUAUAUAUCCCUAUUGCCAUCUUCGGAGUACUAUGCCCUGUGUUGGUUGUGACCAGAGUAUGGGCACGGCUUAGGAAAGGUGGACAUCUUGGUGCCGAUGAUUAUGCCAUCUUCGCAUCUCUGCUCUUCGCGUUAUUGUCGAGUGGAGUGGAAAUCGCAUGUAAGUUGGGUGAGCCUGAUGUUUUCGACCUUCGACUUAUUCUCCUAGCUUGCCAUUUUGGAUUUGGCCACCACGUCGCUACACUCAAACCCGCGAACAAAGUUGAGGCUCUCAAGUACUUUUAUGUGUGUCAAGUCACGUACAAAGCGUCCAUCAACUUCACAAAGGGUUCGAUCCUUUUGCUCUACCUGCGAAUAUUUGGCAAGAUCCGGUGGUUCAAGUGGCUCUGCUGGUUUUUGGUCGUGUCCGUCAUCGUGUACUGCAUUGCUUCCGUUACCGUCACCAUCUUCCAAUGCAGCCCGGUCCCACGAGCAUUCGACAAGUCAAUCGACGGAACAUGCAUCGACAGCGGCACGUUCUGGUACGCCAAUGCCGGGUUCUCCAUCGCGACGGAUCUCAUAAUUCUCUUCAUGCCCAUGGCGCUUGUGUAUCAGUUGCAGAUUCAACGAGCCCAGAAAGCGGCCCUGGUAAUUGUGUUUGCUCUUGGAGGGUUCGUUGUCGUCACUUCCUGUCUUCGAGUCACGACUAUCGACAUCGCGGCGACAUCGACCGACGUAACAUAUGACAUUUCUUCAACCAUGUGGACGGUCAUCGAGAUGAACGUGGCGAUUGUCUGCGCCUGUCUCCCAAUGAUCCGACCUGUGAUUGUCAAACUGUUCCCCAAGCUGAUGCCCAAGAGCAGCAGCAACAACCAAAAGUACGGCUCACAAGGUUACGGUACCAAGUCCUUCAUGACAGCGCACAGCCAGGCGCGAGACAAGAAUGAAUGGAUUCAGAUCGAUGGCAAUGGCGGAAUACCAAUGAACUCUAUCAAGAAGCCUGGAUCCACGGGCAGCGAGGAGAGCAUCCUAGGCGCAACCAUCCAAAGCGGGCCGAGUACUGGACCUGAAUGGCAGAGCGGCCAAGAAGGGGCUAUCCAAAAGACAAUGCAAUACAGCGUGGAGUACUCGCAAAAGACAAACUAAAACUGCGACACUGGAUCCUUUUGGAACACGCCAACAAGGUGAGUUCCGAUGGCGCGUUACGAUUAAUGGUGUAAAUAGUUUCGACGGCAAUGUAAGUAGCUUCGUUCCACGGUGGUGACCCCUGGCGUAUUGGAUAGACAAAGGAAAUGCAAAGUCCUGGCGCCGAGAGGAGCUGGAAGAUUAUUGGAAGUCGCUCAGUAAACGCUGCCCUGUAGAAGUGACUGGUAGAAAUCCGCGAUGCUCGAGUUUGUCACAGUCGAGGGUACCUGUUGGCAUGAUCGG